CAACACCUCACGUUUAGGCGAUGAAUAAACUGAUGUACUGCUGCUUCCACAAGUGUUGUACCGGUAGCACCACGUCUGGCCACCAGUGGCGCUGGCGCCUCCUCCCUGCCUUUAAUAAGACCAAAGAAGAAGCUCACUGGUUUCAGGAAGCAGAAGUUGUUGUGACGCUGCUGGAGAUCAUCAACCUCGGAAUUUACAGUGAUGGCUGAACCCAGAAUCAGAGUCUCUUCCAUUGAUGGGAAGUUAGCGCAAGAAUUUGCCGUUCCAUCCCACGUUGAGGAGGUCAAAGCCAAGAUGUCAGCUUUUGCCACGCACCACGCGGCGGCAGGUCGCAGCGUGGUUCUCAUCACAUCCGGAGGCACCAAAGUUCCCCUGGAGUCGCGCACCGUUCGCUUCCUCGACAACUUCAGCAGCGGCAGACGAGGAGCCGCCUCAGCAGAGUAUUUCAUAGACUCCGGCUACGCUGUUGUCUUCCUCCACAGGCACCGCUCCCUCUAUCCUUACACUCGUACGUUCUCCACCAUAAACAUGCUGGAUGCCCUGCAGUUCAGGAGCGGGGAAGAAGUGUCCGGAUCCUCUGGUGGAGUGGUGGUGGAUCAGCAGGUGCUUCCGAACGUUGCCAAAGUGCUAAAGAGAUACCAGGAGGUGAAAGACGGCGGACUUCUCCUGCCCAUUGAGUUCAGCACUCUGUCAGAGUAUCUGCAUCUUCUCAAAGCAGCAGCACAGGCGCUCGGCACAAUAGGACCAAAGGCUAUGUUUUACUUGGCUGCAGCAGUGUCUGAUUUCUAUAUCCCAGCAUCUGAGAUGCCCGAACACAAAAUUCAGUCUUCCAACGGUCCUCUUCAACUCAGCUUGAACAUGGUCCCCAAGAUACUGUCGCCGCUGGUUAAGGACUGGGCACCUCAGGCUUUUGUCAUCUCUUUUAAACUGGAGACCGAUGCAACCAUCCUGCUGGAAAAGGCCCGACGGGCUCUGGACACCUACAGGCACCAGGCGGUGGUGGCCAACGUACUGGACUCUCGAAGGGGAUAUGUGGUGGUGGUGACCCCGGCAACUCAGGCGGAGCUGAUCCUCACAGAGGAGGAUGUGAAGAACGAGGUGGAGAUAGAGGAGAGGAUAGUGAGCAACCUCACAUCGGCACACAGCCAGUUCAUAACUCAGCAAGCGAGUUGACCGUCGUCAACUGCACGUACGAGUCAGUAAGGCGCUUCAGGUUGCGUCCGUGCUCUUCCCCGAUCCCGAUCUUAAAUUCAUACUUGUCUCUUCUGCUGACAAAGUUGCUCUAUAUGUACGGUUGCAUAACUUUAGUAAUAACUGUAACUUUGAACACAAACCUGCUCUUGUCCUUUUUACCUUUUCUGAAAUGGGCCCUUUAAGGUUAUAAUGCUUUCUCUGUACUAAGAUAAGAGACAACUUCUUGACAGUUUAUGAAAUGUUUAUUCACACUGUGCAGUAACAUUCUGAUAUCUUUUCUACAAAAGUGACUGACAGAAUGAUUGAAUUAUUCAGAGGUUAUCUUUUACUGCAGGGGUCACUUGUAACAAACAUUUACAAGUAGAUAUUUUCAAUUCUCCCUCGGUUAUUUGAGUUUGGUGCUCUUCUUGACACCAGCACGAAUACCGGACAGCUCUCCGCUGUACCUUGUCUCCUCCCGACGAACGUCACGGACCUGGAAAAUAUUAACAGUCUCAAAUGUUGUUCUUGGGAAUGUGUUUGACACAUCACAAAUACUCGUAAUUUAGACUGAUGAGCCUGGAGGGCAGAGGCUUUAUGAUGCACUUGAUGAACAGGGUAAUAAAAAAUGGCCUCGUCA